AUGAUCGGCGCGGGAGUAGCAGUUCUCACUGUCGUCGCUCCUACUUCUGCCGCUGCUAUAAUCUCAGAGGAAAAGGGGUCGGGUGUGGCGUCGACCGUUGCGAUGGAGUCGGCGGUUGGGGAGAUGGCGACGAGGGCAAGGCCAGAAGUAUGUCGAUCCCUAGCUUGCCCGCCGGUCGAUCCGUCGCCAAGGAAGAAGGAGACGAAGGUGAAGAGCUCGGCACCAGAGAUGGUGAAGAAGUCGACGGCGGAUGCGCGAUGGCCUCCGUGCCGCCGGGAGAGAUGCUUGCAGAAGGAAAGAGAGCUGACGUACAUGGAGUGGAAGAAUGGCGACGGUUUUCUUUCAUCUGGAACCCUAGACCGCACCAUCCAGCAGGCCUAA